AGAUCCUCUCCCUUUGAUCUUCGAGAUCGAGCCAGAGACAGCACACCAAGAGGUUCAGAAAAGAUGGACGUCCCGCUGGAGCCCCCGCUUCGACUCAAGUCGGAUGUCAUCCAACCGAGCACGACCGUCAAUCUUUCUGACGCGCACCAGACGCUGCAAGCCUUUCUCAACGAGGCAAAGGGGACCGGUGAUCAACCAGACGACGCAGAGUCCAGAGGUACAAGCACGGUGGUCAUGGGACAGCUGCAGCGCCUAGCAGACGCAUUGGAUGCGGAAGCAAGAAAUAGCUGAUGGAUCAGCCGGUCGCGCUCCAGCCAAAGCGAGAAGGCUUGUACAAACAACUGCAUAUUGUAACAUACCAAACAACACAUUGAAAAUGAAAGGAUCGCUUUAU